CACACAGGUUGGUAAAUGGGGUGUGAGCAGGCCCCGCCCUGCAUACUCAGCUGUGUGUUGGCUGCGACAGGCCGGCCCUGUCGCCAUCAAUUUCCAGUCUGUUUCUGGAGUAAAUUCAGAGUUUGUUCACAGAGGCCGUCCAGGGUCCUGGGUGAUGGAAGAGUUCUUAGAGGAAAUCUGGGCCAUCGGGAGCCCCUGGGGGUUCUGACGGCGCUGAAAGCCUUAAGCCCACCGCAAGCAUCCUGCCCCAGUUUCCCCAUCUGUCAGGUGAGGUGCUGUGAGCGUCCACACGGCCGAGGACUGGCAUCUCUGACUUUUCGGGAGCUCUCACACCUGUGGUCUAGUGGACCGGCCGCGUGGGAGGCUGGGCAGGCUCCAGGUGACUGCAAGAAUGUGCGCAUCGACCCCAGUAGCCUGUCCUUCAACAUGUGGAAGGAGAUCCCCGUCCCCUUCUACCUGUCCAUCUACUUCUUCGACAUUGUCAACCCCGAUGCCAUCCUCCUGGGGGAGAAGCCGCAGGUGCAGGAGCGUGGACCCUAUGUGUACAGGGAAUUCAGGCAUAAGAGCAACAUCACCUUCAAUGACAAUGACACAGUGUCAUUCCUCGAGUAUCGCAGCUUCCAGUUCCAGCCCGACAAGUCCCAUGGCCUGGAGAGCGACUAUAUCGUCAUGCCCAACAUCCUGGUCUUGGCUGCAGCGAUGAUGAUGGAAAAUAAGCCCAUGAGCCUGAAGCUGAUCAUGACCUUGGCGUUCAGCACACUCGGGGAGCGCGCCUUCAUGAACCGCACUGUAGGCGAGAUCAUGUGGGGUUACGAGGACCCCCUCAUACACCUCAUCAACAAGUACCUCCCAAACAUGUUUCCAUUCAAGGGCAAGUUUGGGCUAUUUGCAGAGCUGAACAACUCCGAUUCUGGGCUCUUCACCGUGUUCACGGGGGUCAAAGACUUCAGCAGGAUCCACCUCGUGAACAAGUGGAACGGACUCAGCAAGGUCAAGUUUUGGCAUUCUGAUCAGUGCAACAUGAUCAAUGGGACCUCGGGACAGAUGUGGGCGCCGUUCAUGACUCCUGAGACCUCGCUGGAAUUCUACAGUCCUGAGGCCUGCCGGUCCAUGACCCUCAUCUACAAGGAGUCGGGGACGUUUGAAGGCAUUCCCACCUAUCGCUUCGUGGCCCCCAGCACCUUAUUUGCCAACGGCUCUGUCUACCCGCCCAACCAGGGCUUCUGCCCGUGCCUGGAGUCUGGAAUUCAGAACAUCAGCACCUGCAGAUUCAAUGCGCCCUUGUUUCUCUCCCACCCUCACUUCUACAACGCCGACCCAGUGCUGGCAGAGGCGGUGCUUGGCCUUCACCCCAACCAAGAGGAGCAUUCCUUAUUCCUGGACGUCCACCCGGUGAGCCCCUGCCUGUUAACCUGUGGGGGGUAGUGGGGCAUUUCCCAU